CCCCAUAAGUGGGAGGAGUGAUGCAACCAUUUGCCACCUCCGUCUUCCAAAAAUAUAUUUAAAAAAAAAAAAUAAAAUAAAAAGAAGACGGGGCUGUGAAGCCGGCGUGAUGCGUUCAAGUACCUCUGCGGGCAGCGGCGAGGAACAACUUGUCUCUUUUUCUCAUUUAUUACUAUUUUUUCCCCCAGCGCCUUUUUGGUAGACGUGACGCCGCAGAACGAGCGCUGAUCCCGGCUUGCUGUUGCAAGACGAGCCCGCUGAACAUCUCCACGAGCGUCCAUCAACACGCCCACCCAGAGGGGGCGAGACCCUAAAUUACUGACACCCCCCCACCCCCGCACCCAUUUCGUCAUCGGCGGAUCGGCCAGCAUCAUUUUGUCACACUGGGAGGUUGUGGUCCUGCUGAGGAGGAGGAGGAGGAGGACAUCGCGGCAAAGACCUGCGGCGGUUCUGAUCCGGUCCAAGCAUCUUGCCUCCAAGAACCCGAGGGGGGAGGGGGGAGGGGCGCCGGACUUUGGGCUGUCAAUCAGCCGAAGAAGAAGAGGAGGAGGAGGAGGAGGAUUGGAGCUCCUUGCAGCCGCGACACCGAACCACCAGGAGCUGAGCCCAGGUCUUGGUCGGAGUCCAAAUCCAGUGCUGGAGCCCAGUGUGGUCAGGACCCCCGAGACCGAGGAGGGUGCAUGGAGGGGUCAAGGCCUGUAGGUCCAGGGUCCUCGGCCUGCCUUUGGUUGGGACUGGUCUCGGCAGCAGUGACCUUCCUUUGCGCGGAGUCCCGGACCACCCCGAGUCCGCCGCUCACCCCGGACAACGCCACCUGCCCGGGGAACUCCAAGUGCAGUCCCGGCAUCAUCCUGCCCAUCUGGUACCCGGAGGAUCCCUCCAUGGGGGACAAGAUCGCGCGGGUCAUUGUGUAUUUCGUGGCCAUGAUCUACAUGUUCCUGGGGGUGUCCAUCAUCGCCGACCGCUUCAUGGCGGCCAUCGAGGUCAUCACGUCGCAAGAGAAGGAGAUCGUCAUCAAGCGAGCCAACGGGGAGACCACCACCACCACCAUCCGAGUGUGGAACGAGACGGUGUCCAACCUCACCCUCAUGGCGCUGGGGUCCUCCGCCCCGGAGAUCAUGCUGUCCGUCAUCGAGGUGUGCGGACACGAGUUCAGAGCGGGCGAGCUGGGGCCGGCCACCAUCGUCGGCAGCGCCGCCUUCAACAUGUUCGUCAUCAUCGGCCUGUGCGUGUCCGUCAUCCCCCAAGGAGAGGUGCGCAAAGUCAAGCACCUGCGGGUCUUCUUCAUCACGGCCGGCUGGAGCAUCUUCGCCUACAUUUGGCUCUACAUGAUCCUGGCCGUUUUCUCCCCCAACGAGGUCCAGGUCUGGGAGGGCCUGCUCACGCUGGCCUUCUUCCCCGUCUGCGUGCUCCUGGCCUGGGUGGCCGACCGCCGCCUGCUCUUCUACAAGUUCAUGCACAAGAAGUACCGCACCGACAAGCACCGCGGCGUCAUCAUCGAGACGGAGACGGAGCGCGCCAAGGGGAUCGAGAUGGACGGCAAGAUGGUCAACUCUCACUUCAUGGACGGCGGCGGCGGUGGCGCCGGCGGCAACCUGAUGGGUCUGAUGGAGAGCAAGGAGGUGGACGAGUCCCGCCGCGACAUGAUCCGCAUCCUCAAGGACCUGAAGCAGAAGCACCCGGAGAAAGAGCUGGAGCAGCUGGUGGAGAUGGCCAACUACUACGCCCUCUCGCACCAGCAGAAGAGCCGCGCCUUCUACCGCAUUCAGGCCACGCGCAUGAUGACGGGCGCCGGCAACAUCCUGAAGAAGCACGUGGCGGAGCAGGCCAAGAAGUGCGCCAGCGUGCAGGAGGUGCACGUGGACCAGCCCGACGAGUACGUGACCCGCGUGGCCUUCGAGCCCGCCACCUACCAGUGCCUGGAGAACUGCGGCGCCGCCAUCCUCAGCAUCACCAGGAAGGGCGGCGACAUCAACAAGACCGUCUACGUGGAUUACAAGACGGAGGACGGCUCGGCCAACGCCGGCGCCGACUACGAGUUCACCGAGGGCACGGUGGUCUUCAAGCCCGGGGAGAUGGUCCGAGAAGUCAGCGUGGGCAUCAUCGACGACGACAUCUUCGAGGAGGACGAGCACUUCUUCGUGCGCCUCGGCAACCUGCGCGUGCUGGAGCCGGAGGAGGAGCUGCUUUCCGCCAACAGUCUGCCCUACCCCAAGGCGGUUUUGGGAUUCCCCGCCGUCGCCACGGUGACCAUCCUGGACGACGACCACGCCGGCAUCUUCACCUUCGAGAGCGGCUCGGCGCACAUCAGCGAGAGCAUCUGCGUCAUGGAGGUGAAGGUGCUGAGGACGUCCGGCGCCAGGGGGACGGUCAUCGUGCCGUACCGCACGCUGGAGGGCCUCGCCAAGGGGGGCGGCGAGGACUUCGAGGACACGUACGGCGAGCUGGAGUUCAAGAACGACGAGAUCUGCAAAGUCAUUCACGUGAAAAUUAUUGACGACGAAGAGUACGAGAAAAACAAGAACUUCUUCCUGGAGCUGGCCGAGCCCCGCAUGGUGGACAUGAGCCUCCAGAAAGCGAUGUUGCUGGCCCACGAUGUUCCCGACAGGAAGUUGACGUCGAGCGAGGAGGAAGCGAGGCGCAUCGCCGAGAUGGGGAAGCCGGUGUUGGGCGAGCAUUCCAAGAUGGAGGUCAUCAUUGAAGAGUCCUACGAGUUUAAGAGCACAGUGGACAAACUGAUCAAGAAGACCAACCUGGCUCUGGUGGUGGGGACCAACUCUUGGAGGGAACAGUUCUUGGAGGCCAUCACCGUCAGUGCAGACGAGGAAGAGGACGACGCUGGCGAGGAGCGUCUUCCGUCCUGCUUCGACUACGUCAUGCACUUCCUGACGGUCUUCUGGAAGGUUCUGUUCGCCUGCGUGCCGCCCACAGACUACAUGAACGGCUGGGCGUGCUUCGUGGUGUCCAUCGUCAUCAUCGGCCUGCUGACGGCCGUCAUCGGCGACCUGGCGUCUCACUUCGGCUGCACCAUCGGCCUCAAGGACUCGGUCACCGCCGUGGUCUUCGUGGCGCUCGGGACGUCCGUCCCAGACACCUUCGCCAGCAAGGUGGCGGCGGUCCAGGACACGUACGCCGACGCCUCCAUCGGAAACGUGACGGGCAGCAACGCGGUCAAUGUGUUCCUGGGCAUCGGCCUGGCGUGGUCGGUGGCCGCCAUCUACUGGUACAGCAAAGGCAAGCCCUUCGUGGUGCACGCCGGCUCCUUGGCCUUCUCCGUCACGCUCUUUACUAUCUUCGCCUUCCUGGCCGUGUCAGUGCUGCUGUACCGGCGUCGCGCCCACAUUGGGGGGGAGCUGGGGGGUCCGCGCGGGCACAGACUGGCCACCUCGGGCUUCUUCUUCAGCCUGUGGUUCCUCUACAUCCUCUUCUGCAGCCUGGAGGCCUACUGUCAUAUAGACGGCUUCUAGACGCCACACUGCCGGGAGGAGGCGUGUCCUGCUCGCCCCACAGCUGCGAAGGAACCCCCCCCCCCCCACAGAAGAUGCCAAGAGGUCCAGCGUUCCACUGGAUGAGACCACAUGGAGAGAGUCUAUAUUUUUCUCAACAUCUUGACCACAGCCACUUUUUUUAACAAAAGUAUUUUGGGGAUAAAAUGCAAAAAAAGGAACUAACCAAAAAAAAACAACCAACAACACAAUUUUCUGAGCAACGUUGUGGGAUUGACUUGUAGUAUUUUUAUUUUACUUGAUGUUUUCGCUGCAGAAACAUCACCACAGAAGAAGACAGUUCACCCUGCACUCUGUAUUAUAUAUCUAUAUCAUCAUAUAUUCACCUACUUUAUAUAUAUUUUUUGUCAAAUGUACUCACCUAAUGCUUCUUCUACACAAAAGAGAAAGGAGAGGAUCAGACUACUUCCUGGAAAAUCACUCCCCAUAAUUCUGCUCUCACUCCACUUUUCAAUCACAAAAUAUUGCUAAUAACUCGUUUUAAAUAGGUAAAUAAUACAUUCAGAAGUAUUUUUCUACUUCCAUGCACUUUUGCCGUUGAGAGAUCUAUUUAUGGAGUCGUGUUUCCCUCUCGGUGAACCGCAGCUCCCUUGGUGCCGGCAGCACUCGUGCACUCUGUCACCACCGCCAUGUUGGACUGUACAAAAUACCCUGCUACUAACUUGUGUUGCCGGAUGUUUACACAAAAAUGUUGCAUUUUUUUUUUUUGGUCUUACUUUUAAAAAUUAAGGUUGCGUUAAUUUUUCCUGCCACUUGGGGCAGCAAACACUGAAAAUAAUGUUUUAGCGACGUUAUUUCAAGCAUUUCUUCCUAAAUAUUCUGAUGGAAUAUGAAUUUCAAUGCCAAAUGACAACCGGCUUCAACAGUAAAUGCAAUAACCACAUUGAAAUGUGUUUACUUUUGAGCAUUAAAGUCUCUCAACAUGCAGUCAAAACACUUCUUUUAGCGCCCUUGCUGAAAUAAUAUUCAUAAUAAUCAUUUUACUUUCAGUUUAGUUACUUUGAGCCUGAACAAUACAACUCUGUCGAGAAUUUAUUGUUUGGAAGUCAAACGUUUCAACGAUCUUGUUUAGCAUUCCAGCUAGCAGCUAGCUGUGUGAAGUUGCCUGCCGCCCCUUAUUAUUGCAAUUUUGAAAUAAGUUUUUGGUCUAUUAUAUUUUGUAUGUCAUUGAGAUGUUAUUAUUCAUAACCAGGCAUCGUCAAAAUCUCCACAAACUUGACCAAUGUGUUUGUGCUGCAUCCAUCCAUUUUUUACCGCUUAUUCCCUUUCGGGGUCGCGGGGGGCGCUGGCGCCUAUCUCAGCUACAAUCGGGCAGAAGGCGGGGUACACCCUGGACAAGUCGCCACCUCAUCACAGGACCAACACAGAUAGACAGACAACAUUCACACUCUAGGGCCAAUUUAGUGUUGCCAAUCAACCUAUCACCAGGUGCAUGUCUUUGGAGGUGGGAGGAAGCCGGAGUACCCGGAGGCAACCCACGCAUUCACGGGUAGAACAUGCAAACUCCACACAGAAAGAUCCCGAGCCUGGAUUUGAACCCAGGACUGCAGGACCUUUGUAUUGUGAGGCAGACGCACUAACCCCUCUGCCACCGUGAAGCCCCCGUUUGUGCUGCAUUUACCUAUAAUAGUUCCUAUGUUACUAUUCAUACACAACUCCCACCCACCUUUUCAAAACCUCCCCCAACUUGACCUUAACGUUUGUGCUGCAAAAAGAAUUGUCAUACUCAUACAAUUUUUAUGGCAUUAACGUUUUAUAGUUAUGUUUUUUAUGUGUUAUUGUUCAUAACAAGCCCCCAAUAGCUCACCAAACUUAGUCCCAUUCAUCUGUGCAGCAAAAAAAUUAACUAUUAUAGUUUUAAUGUUAAUGAGAUGCUAUCAUUCAUAACAAGCUCCACCCCAAUCCUUCCCACUUAUGUCAAAAUCUGCCCAAACGUUUGUGCUACUUUUGCGCUGCAACAUUUUAUUUGUCCAACUAUAACAGUUUUUGUGUUUAUAAAUGUUGAUAUUCAUAACGAGCCCGGGGACCCCCAACUUUGUCAAAACCAAAGGUGUCCCAUUUGAUUGUGCUUAAAAAUGUUUUGUUUAACUAUAGUAUUUUUUCUGUCAUUCACAUUUAAUUAAUAAUAACCCCCCCCCCCACACCCUUAUUAAAAUCUCCCCAAAUGUUUCCCAUUUGUUUUUGCUACGUUUGUGCUGCAAAAAUGUUUUUUGCCUAUUAUAUUUUUUAUGUGCUGGGAUAGGCUCCAGCACCACCUGCGACCCCAAAAGGGGCAAGCGCUAUAAAAUGGAUGGAUGGAUGUUAUGUUAUUGACCCUGUGAUGAGGUGGUGACUUGUCCAGGGUGUACACCGCCUUCCACCCGAAUGCAGCUGAGAUAGGCUCCAGCACCCCUGGCGACCCCGAAAGGGACAAGCGGUAUAAAAUGAAUGGAUGUAAUUGAGAUAUUAUUAUUCAAAACCAGCCCCCAUCUUGACCAAAUCUUCCCUAACUUGUGCCAAACGUUUGUGCUGAAAUUAUACUAAAUUGUUAACGUUAACGUUUUAUAGUUUUGAUGUUAUUGUUCAUAACAAGCCCCCACCCCAACACCACCACGUCAAAAUCUCCCCAAUCUUGUUCCAUUUGUUUGUGCUGCAGUUUUUUGUGUAACUACUAUAAUUUUGGUUUUAUAACGAUUUUUUAUCCAUAACCAACCACCCACUCAAACCACUAAUUUGGUUAAACUCUUACGAAAACGUUUGUGCUGGUUUUGUACUGCAAAGAUUUCUGUUUAACUGUUCUACUUUUUAUGAUAACAUUUUGUAAUGAUUUAUUUAGUCAACAUUAUAGUAUUGAAAACCAAAGUUCUCACCUUGUCAAAAUCUCCUCCAAACUUGUCCUAUGCUGUGCUGCAAAAACGUUUCUUGUCUAUUAUAUUUGAAG